AUGGCCGCAUGGGAAGAACUGGGUCCAAGCUCUAACAUUUCCACGCCGUCGGAUCACACCGAUCACUCAUUUGCGCCAAUUAAAAAUGAGCCGGGGCCACUCGAUGAAGACCAUCUCACAAACUCCGACACCCCCACGCCCGUAGAACAUACACAAUAUGCAGCCGCUUAUAUCAAGCAGGAAACGGUCCCUGGUGACCAAGGCCACGUGGCCUACACCGAAAUGCGCUCUUCCAACAAUCACGAGGAAAGUGCUUCGACCUCCAUCAAGGAGGAGUACGCCUCGAGCGAAGAAGACGAUCCGGCUUUUUACGAGCCCACCCACAACAGGCCAGCUUCUUAUUCGGACACCUCCAACACCCACAUUGCCAAUCACAACGCCGAAUGCCUUGGCACUUGCCCGGAUUUUGAAGAUUCUUUGGCGCGUGUGGAAAGAAAGACGACUUGCACGCCUUCGAUGGUGGCAAUAAGCCAAAUCUCCGAUUUGGAUAGUGGGAUCUGUUUUUCCGAUAGCCCUUCCCAGGAAGGUCAUGCACGCUCGAAACCGUUUGCCUGCUCGAAAUGCGGCAAAUGUUUCGGCACCCAGCCGAGUCUUUUUCAGCACGAAAGGAUUCACGUUGGUCUGGGGAAAAAAGGUGGAAGUUGUACAGAGGCUGGUUUAGGAUUUGCAAGCACCGAUCCUGCUGGUGAUCAGUGCAGUGGCAAGAGCCCUUUAUGGACCGGAGGAGGCCAUGAAUUGGGAACGAGCACCAAAAAUGGAAGUUCUCCAAGACCCAACAGUCAGACAAACUCAUGUGAUAUCUUAGAUCAGGACAGUCCAGUUCUGGAUGGAGGUGGCAAAACACCAAGGACUAGCCCCAACAAUACAACUUCUGAGAGUGACGAUCAUCAGACCGAGUCUUUUAGCACCUCGGACCUUGCUGACCCUUGGAAGUCCAAGAAGGCCUCUUGCGUUGAAUGUGGGGAGGUUUUUCCCUUUAAAUCUCAGUUGGUUUUACAUCAGAGAAACCACCUUGGUAAGUGUCAGUUCUCGUGCUCCUUAUGCGGGAAAUGGUUCACGAGCAACUCCCAUCUUAUCGUCCACCAGCGAGUCCACACGGGAGAGAAGCCGUUCGGCUGCUCCGAUUGCCCAAAAAGUUUCGCCACCAAGUCCACGCUGGUCAUACACCAACGGGUCCACACGCGGGAGAAGCCAUAUUCGUGUACUGAGUGUCGGAAGUGUUUCCCCUGUAACUCCCAACUCGUGAUCCAUCAAAGGACUCAUACGGGGGAGAAGCCCUAUUCUUGUUUGGAGUGCGGGAAAGGCUUCAUCAGUAACUCUGACCUUCUUCGGCACAGGAGGGUCCACACGGGGGAACGACCCUUUAAGUGUACAGAGUGUGCUAAGUGCUUCUCCCAGAAGUCCCACCUUCCCAAGCACGCCAUCGUUCACACUGGCGAGAAGCCGUUCCCCUGCACCGAGUGUGGCAGAUGUUUUGUCAGCAAGGCCUACCUCGCCAUCCACACCCGAAUCCACACGGGCGAGAAGCCGUAUUCCUGUUCCGAGUGCAAGAAGCGUUUUAUUAGCAUCUCGGCGCUCAUCGUCCACCGCAAGAUUCACACGGGGGAGAAGCCCCACAUCUGUUCAGAGUGUGGGAAGGGCUUCAUUCGGAAGUCCGACCUGGUCCAGCACUUAAGGGUCCACACUGGAGAGAAGCCCUUUUCCUGCGACGAGUGUGGCAAACGAUUCUUCAGCAAGCCUCAUCUCGUCGUCCACCAAAGAGUCCACACGGGAGAGAGGCCAUUUUCCUGCGUUGACUGUGGCAAGUGCUUCAGUAGCAAGACGCACUUGGUGGUUCAUCGCCGGAUUCACACUGGUGACAGGCCCUACCCAUGCCCAGAGUGCGGCAAGUGUUUUAUCCGGAAGGCUGUCUUGGUCCUGCACCAGAGAAGCCAUGCUGGGGAGAAGCCAUACCCCUGCGCCGAAUGUGGUCGCUGUUUUGCCUACAAGACUUACCUGAGCAGCCACCGCAAGAUCCACCUGGGCAUGAAGCCCUUCCCUUGCCCCGACUGCGGCAAAUGCUUCAUCAGCAACUCCGAAGUGGUGAAGCACCGCAGGACUCACACGGGGGAACGGCCCCAUUUUUGCUCAGAGUGCGGCAAAUGUUUCACUAAGAAGUCCCACCUCAACCGCCACCAGAAGAUCCACUCUGGUGACAAGCCUCACUCCUGCAAUUGGUGCAGCAAGAGCUUCAUUGACCACUCCGACCUGGUCAAGCACCAGCUGACCCACACAAGGGACAAGACCUGUUCCUGCCCAGAAUGUGGCAAGAGCUUCCUAAACAACGCCCACCUUGUCCUGCACAGCCGAGUUCACCACGGUGGCGGGCAGUACCCAUGUCCCGAGUGUGGGAAGUGCUUUCCUAAUCCCGCCCUCCUUCUGAACCACCAGAGGUCCCACACGGAUGAGAAACCGUUCAGCUGCAGUGAGUGCGGGAAGAGCUUUGCCCGGAAUAUGGAUCUAGUGAAACACGUAAGGAGUCACACGGGCGAGAAGCCUUAUUCUUGCUCAGAGUGUGGCCGCAGCUUUGCUGAGAAAUCUUACCUCCACAUACACCAGAGAACUCAUACUGGCGAACGGCCUUACCCCUGCCCGUUGUGUGGCAAAUGUUUCAUCAGCAACUCCGACCUAGCAAAGCACGUGCGGAUUCAUACAGGCGAGCGGCCCCAUGCCUGCACGCAGUGUGGAAAACGCUUUAUAAAGAAGUCGCACCUCACCCGACACCAGAAGGUCCAUGCCGAUGAUACAGACUGA